AUGCAGGAAGACGGUUUCGAUACUUGGACCGCUGAAAACCUAGAUCGCAAAGAUCUCCUUGCGAUGUGGAAGAGCAUCACGCAUACUCUCAUCUCCACUGGAUACGUUAUAGAGCUAUACCAGGAACUGGACCACGCCAGCCGGACUAGUCGUAAAGAUCCAAGCUCUGGCGAGAAUAACAGAUCGGCGUGCGGCUACGAUAACGAAGAAUCUAUUAAUGGAGAUAUGGUAAUAUUAAGCCCGGGCGAGAGCGAUAUCGAAGACGUCGAUCUCUGCGACAUAUCACCCAACUUCAUCGCUGAGGCCGCAGAUCUAUCACACCACCACAGUCCGCUGCUAAGCUUCGAGGAUAUACUCGCCCCAAGAGGAAUCACUACUUCCGGACGACGGGCUAGACGACGUCGCUCCUUCAAUUGGCAAGAGCUCAACGACUAA